CUCCUCCCGGCAGCUUGUUUAUACGAUAUUAAUGGUUUCCCGGAGAGAUUAUCGGAGCAUGAGAUCUUGUAGCGGAUGGCGUCGAAUUCUUUUACUUAUUCCUGUGCUCUUUCUUCUUCCUCAUCUCUCGUCACUUCUUGAUUUUUCUUCGGAUUCGGCUAGGAGGAACGAUGCGCGAACCAUUCCUAGUAAGAAAUUGGAUCACCUUGUGCUCGGUCCUGUAGCUGGACAAGGCUUGUCGGAUCGAUUGCAUUGCCGAGGCACGAAGGCUCUGAACAAGACUCAUGGUUCAACUUCUCCUGUGUCUGGUGCUGGAAAUGGUGUUUCUUUUGUGACGGUGUUUACUGUUUAUAAUACGUCGCUUGGAAAUGCGAAAUCCUCCAAUAUGGUUUCUGUUGUUGGGAAUGUUACCUACAGCAAGCCAGAGAGGUCAAUGGCAGUUCUAAAUGCAUUUGCCUACUUCAUUCAGGUGACUAUGCCCAAGAGCAAUGUUGUCAUAUUGACUGAUCCAGCUUCUGAUCUCUCCAUCCAACAAAGCAAUGUGAUGGUACAGCCUGUUCAGGGUGAUUAUUCACGGGGUAACCUGAUGCUUCAAAGAAUCAGAUCUUACAUUACCUUUCUUGAGAUGAAGCUCGAGAAGAAUGAGGGUGGGAUAAACCACUAUAUCUUCACUGAUUCUGAUAUAGCUGUGGUUGACGACAUCGGGGCUAUAUUUGACAAGCAUCCAAGCUUUCAUCUAGCACUCACAUUCAGGAACAAUAAAGAUCAGCCGCUGAAUUCAGGAUUUAUAGCAGUGAGAGGCACACGUGAAGGGAUCCUAAGGGCCAAAGUUUUUCUUGAAGAAGUCCUAAAAGCUUACAAAACUAAAUACAUGAAAGCUUCGCGUAUGCUUGGUGAUCAAUUGGCUCUGGUUUGGGUUGUUAAAUCUCAUCCUUCUUUUGAUGCAAAGAGAUUCACAAAGCCACAAGCUUUCACACAAGAGAUAGCUGGAGCUUCAGUGUUAUUUCUACCAUGUGCUCUAUACAACUGGACACCUCCUGAAGGUGCUGGUCAGUUUCAUGGCAUGCCAUUAGAUGUCAAGAUUGUUCACUUCAAAGGAUCAAGAAAACGUUUAAUGCUAGAGGCAUGGAACUUCUACAAAUCCACUUCAAACAUUCCUGAUAUGUUGUGUCUUGUUCUAGGUAGUGGAAGAACUAAAUACGAUUUCUAGUGACGACUCUGUUUUUUUUGUGUAAUCUCUUUUAUUUGAUCAAAUCAACUACAACAGUUACU